AUGCACUCCUACUUCCCCCCAGGCACAGCCGUGCACACGCGUGGAGGAGGUCUCUCGCCAUGGUUUGCCCACUUGAUUCACUGCGUUGGUCCAUAUAGCAUUCAGUCGGUGGAAGCGAAGCUGAACACCAUUGCAUUGGUAUAUCGUUCUGCUUUGAUGACGGUGGGGACGCUGAAGCUGCGCCGAAUCAUGAUUGUGCCGUGUCUGUGGGAAUUCGCCUUGAGCAAACUCGAAUUUUCCCCUGGAGCUCCUCAUCUUGACGACGAGCCUCGGUUUGCACUUGAUGACGUGGUGUUCUUGUGCCGCGACAAGGAAGUUUUCGAUGCGUUCCAGGAGACCAAGCGUGCUUUGCUGGGAGGCGCGUACGAGAAAGCAAGCGAUGAUGGUGAUACCAUGUCUAUUGAUGAAGUUGCCGACGACCUUUGA